AGAGCGAGGGAGACGCUGGCAUCAUGCUGUCACCUGAGGAGCAGGGCUACAUCUUCAACGUGUGGGACCUGAUUGCUGGCCACGAGGCAGCCUUUGGGGCCGAGCUACUGCACAGGCUGUUGAUCGUGUAUCCCACCACCCGGGCCUACUUCCCCCACCUGUCCGUGCAGGACGACCCCUCGCAGCUGCUUCACCACGGCUGGCGGGUGCUGGUGGCCGUGGGCGAGGCUGUGAAGAACCUGGACAAUCUGACUGGGGCCCUGGCUCCCCUCAGUGAGCUGCAUACCGGCCGCCUGCGCGUCGACCCCACAAACUAUCCGCUGCUGAUCCAGUGUUUUCAGGUGGUGCUGGCUUCCCAUCUGCAAGGGGAGUACACCCCUGAACUGCAGGCUGCCUGGGAGAAGUUCCUGACAGCUGUGGCCACCAUCCUGGCCGGGGAAUACAGAUGAGGAGCUGCAGCUGCGGCCCAGAUCAUGCCAGACCAGGGGACGGGGCAGGGUGGACAGCCGCCCCUCCAGGGGUGUCAAUAAAGAAAUGUGUUUCCUAGAA